AUGUUCUCCGCAAAUGUGGCAAAUUGUAGCACCACACCCGUAACCCCGCGCCAAAGUCUCCCAGCCCGAACACUCAACCUCAAAAUUGAUAAGCCUCACCUACCCAAAGAAAUCCGAGCCAUAAUCUACAAAAACUUAGGUGGUCCACCUAGACGCAUUAGAUUUCACUUGCACGCUUACACUGGACAUGAUCCCUGGAGUCCACGCAGAGCUAUCCAUUAUCUCUCCUCCUCGGCUCGGCUACCAGUGACCUUCUCAAUCGAGUCCUGGAGUCGAACUCUUGCGCUCCAAGAGUAUGUUUUACUUCACCCACAAACCGAAUCUCAGGACUGGCCCAUCUACUUCCGGCCCUCGAUCGACACGGUCGUCUUACCAUACCAGAUCUUCACUGCUAUACGAGACGAUGAUUGGUUUCGUUAUUAUACGGAACUGGACCAGCAAGGUUUGUGUUUUAAGAUGUUGGAUAAUGUUCAAAACCUAGAGAUUUUGCUAAACGAUGAUGAUUUGUCGCAGGUAAGUGAUAACGAACAUCACAGACUUGUAGGCCCCGCCGGACCGCACUAUGGCCCGCAGGAUGCGAAGGUGUUAAAAGUAAGACCCAUGUUUCUUAAUAUCGAUGAAGGCUACAUGGAAGAUGUUGGUUCUGUGGACUUCUGGACUACGUUGAUUGAGACGAUUAUUGCGGACUUUUUUAAGGGUCACAGUCGUCCGGAUGAGGUGGACGAUUAUUUAGAGUUAGAUAUCGAGAGACGUCUAAAGCAGAGGAAGAUCCUUUUCUUGUGGGACCAUCUUGAGAUUUUUCGGGAUCAUGAGAUGGUAGAUGAGUCUACUGAAGAGGUGGGGGCUGGGCAAGUGCCGCCUGCUAAUGUGGAGAUGCUGCAAUAUGAUUAUUCAUCGUAG